AUGAUCAGGAGAUGCCAGAACACAAGAGGGGAUGAAUCAGAUAAGCGAUACCUCUAAAGAAGCAAACAACUGUUAGAAAUUACGAAGGAGAUUUUAUAUCCAACAGCGAUGACAUGCUUGCCCUUCUUACAUACCAAGAUGACCAUAUAGAAAAUCUAGUAAAAAGCCACCUAUGGAAAAAUUAAAAAAAAUUUUGUUAAAUAUGCUGUAGGACAAUUUGGCAGUGGAUGGGUAUGGUUUAUAAAAAAUAGGACCGAUGUAUCAUCUCUUCGGUCAAAAAAGGAUGCAGAACUACUACUUUUAUACCAGGGAACUGUAUUCGUAUUUUGUGAUGUAUGGGAACAUUCUUAUUAAUUAGACUAUCAAAAUCGUCGGGCUAAUCAUGUUAGGAUGUCAUCUCACAUCUUUAGAAUGGGGAUUUUGCUGAAGAUAAUUAUUUAAAAUUUCCUUUUAAAAAAUACAUCUGUCAUCAUCCGACUAUCUAAAAUACUGUGUCCUGGAAGAAAGAUAAAGGAUCUUUCACUUGGAGAGCUCUUUUGA